AUAAGUCCGAUUUCAUUGCACAUUACGAGCCAUGUCAGACACUCCAAGCUCUAUUUCGGUGACCCUUGUUUUUGGGGAUCGCAAUUUAAGUGUAAAUAUUUAUAUAGACAGUGUGAGCAGCGAUGAUUCGCAGUUAAGCUCUAGCUCCGGAACCAGCACACAAUCUUCGCAAUCUACCCCGAAUGCUUCAGUCUCCAGCAACUUAUCCGAUGGAGCGAACUCGGGCUCAAGGGCUGCUCCCCCCAUGGUGACUGCUGGAGGCAAUCUAAAUCGCAUCUUUUCGGCAAUGAGGUCUGCGUACCUUGAGAUACUAGUCCGGAUACCAAGGGUGGUGCCCCGUAAAUAUCGCUCCGAUUCAACAUCGAAUCGUGCACCAGAGGCGGCGAUUGGCUUGCGCACUCGCAACUCCCUCUCAACAGACAGGAUUAGGGCCCCAUCUACCAGUCGGCGUCGCCGCCACGCCAGCACCAAUACCGCUACCACAGGUCCCACUGCAUCGGAUGCCGAAGUCAGCGGUCCGUCGAGACCGAAGCGCAAGCGCACCGACCCAAACGAGUCCUUGGAAGAAACCUACAGCUGCCCCAUUUGUUUGGAGAGCGUAUCGGGCCGAGAGCCAGUGGCCACCGAAUGUGGACACAUUUUCUGCCGCCAAUGCAUUGACACUGCCAUACUCCACAAUCCCAAGUGUCCCAUGUGCAGGAAGAGCUCGAGCCUGGAUCAGCUGAUAACUAUUAUUAUGUAGGCCUGUCCUUCAAGUCAUCUCAAGAGCCUCCAUGAAGUUAUGAUUUAGUAUGUUUAAU